CAACACUACUAUAUAACAAAUAAUUUGAGGGCAGGAUGUUUGGUCUGAUAGCACGCAGUUCCAGCAGGCUGUUAACUCAAACACGUACAGUGUCGAGAUUAGCGCACACAAAUCCUCUCUCAAGUUUAUCUGGGGUGCACGUGUCGCACCGUACCCUCAGUUCGGCUACUGAAGAACCGGAGGAAGUCAGCUCUUUGCCUGAUAAUAGAUUUGAAGGGGUGGGACAACCUUUUGAUAAGCAAAUCGCAGGAAUUCUUUCCCAGCCACUCGAUGAUGCUGAGGUUAUUCUAGAAAGAGGCGGCACUCUCAAAGUGUCAGAGGAGUACUACAAGGACACACUUAACAAAGCUUUUGGAGUUGGUGGCUGGGCUCUCGUUCCUUGUGGAGAAAUCAAAGAUUUGGAUCUGUCAGAAAGUGGAGAACAAAAGCAGUUUGUUACCUUGAUAAGGGAAUACUCUCUGUAUUGCCACGAGCGAUUUGUAUCCCAAGCAUUUGGUGAAACACCCUUUUACACCGGCAAACAGUACUACUCUGAUGCUACAGAGAAAAUAAAGUUUUCUGCCCUGACGAGGUGUUGCAAGGAUCUCGGAAUUGCUAGUGAGUUGUGGAACAAGAGGUGGUCGGAGAACUGGAAGUCUAAGUUCGCACACCAGGAAUGGGUGGAGAACACCACUAAUAGCAGGAAGAGUCAGCUGUGGAAACGUAAGGAUGAGGACUGGACCUGGCCCUACAAGAAAACCACAUUCCAGAAAUCUUACUAAACAAGCGAAUUAUUAGAAAUAUCCUGGUACCUAUAAUAAUAUCCCGGUUUUAAAGGAUUAUUGGUUACAAUUUUCCUGAACUUCGGUGUGAAGACUGGAAUUUGAAGAGGUUCUCACACAGAAACUGUAUUGCGAUUAUUGCGAUCACUAUUUGUUGGACAAGUGUUUUUUAAAACAAUUUUACAUAGAUCAAAAGAUGUUUUUAUUAUCUCUUAAAUUAUUACUUUAAAUACGGCGGAACUCCAUUAAAGUAUUUAUUUUGUAAUAGAAUUUUCGCGAAAUUCAUUUAUAGCAUGAUAGCGAAUAUGGCAGAAUUUUAAAUUUGGAGUAUUUUUUAUUUUUUUAGUUUAAUACUUAUAAAAGUUGGAUAAUCUGCUCUCAACAUCCUCAAACGCAUCCUUGUUUGAAUAUUCUCUUCAAAUAUGCUUAGUUGUUUGCUUGGUUGUUUUUAGCAUCCUGAAUAUUUGAAUGGUUGAGAUUUAAAGUGAACUUGAUAUCGAAUCACUACAACAUUGUGAUAGUCUGUGUAGAUAAUUUUCACAAAUAAUAACACGAAUUUGAAACGACGAAAGAUUUUAAAUUAUCAUCAAUUUUAUUUUAAAUUAUUUAAUAACUGCUAUUUCAAGCUCCUAAUUUAUUCAUUUAAUUUCUUACAGCUUUA